CUUGAGUUCGAGUCCCGUCCGUCCCCAUUUGUGGCAUAUGCAUGUGCAAGUUUCGCAGACCCAUUUGCACCUGAGGGGGCGUGUUGAGGACUCCCGUUUGCUGUAUAUGUAACUAAUGUCUUAGUUUCCCUAACAAGUUCGAGCUGUCUUCAAUAAUCAAUAAUGGCGCUUGCAUUUACAUUUGCACAUGCUGCAGUUUGCUUCUUUUUGUUGGCAUCGUCUUCAUCAGCGGCGUCAGAUUCGCAGCUGUUUGGAUGCUUCGAUUCCGUUGUUAGCUUCGGCGGUUCGCUCUCCGACACCGGCAAUGAUCUCGUCCCCGGGCUACACCAGGGACCGUGCCUCUCUGCUAACCCGCCUUAUGGUCGGACGUACUUCCACCGCCCUACCGGAAGGUACUCCGACGGCCGCCUCGUCAUUGAUUUCAUAGCACAGAGCAUGGGGCUGCCUCGACUCAAACCUUACUUUCCUGACGCGGCGCAACGUCGCCGGAGCUUCAGCACCGGAGUGAAUUUCGCGGUGGCUGGAGCGUCGGUGCUUCCUUAUGAGUUCUACGAGAAGAUUGGAUGUGUCGAUAUGUCCACCACUGUCUCUCUGGGAACUCAAUUGGAAUUGUUCCGAAGCUUUCUGGCCGGACUUCCAGAUGGUAGAAAGUACCUGGAAAGAACUUUAAUUGUAUUGGGACCAAUGGAAAGCAACGACUACAAUCAUCUCCUGAUCCAGUUAGGGAAGAGUCUUGAUGACCUGCAAUCGGUGGCGCCUCUACUUGUUACCCACAUUGGAUCUAUCAUUCAGGAGCUGAUCAACCUUGGAGUUGUGACAAUCCUUGUUCCUGGGAGUUCGCCGAAUGGUUGCUUGCCUUCUACUCUGUUCUUUUAUGAGAAAUCUAGUACACGCGACGACUAUGAUCCACGAAAUGGUUGUCAUUAUUGGUUAAACGAGCACUUACGGUACCAUAACGAGCUUCUUCAAAAGGAACUGCAGAGAAUAAGAAAACUUUAUCCACAUAUCAACAUAAUGUAUGGAGACUAUUAUAACGACGUGAUGCGAAUGUAUCUCUCUCCCAACCAAUUCGGCUUCGGUAACCAGACACUUAGUUCUUGUUGUGGAGGCGGAGGGACGUACAACUACAACCCAGCCAAGCAAUGCGGCGGCACUCCCCAAGCAGCAUGUUGUCGCGAUCCAGCCGAGUAUAUUAAUUGGGAUGGGGUACACUUUACAGAGGCAGCCAACAGAUUGAUUGCCCAAGGAUUGCUCCAAGGAUCAUAUACCGAUCCUCCUUUCUCGACCAUCUGCCUAAUUAAUUCCACAUCCAAGCCUCGCGCCAUUGCCGACUACUAGCUAAGACUCAAACCCACUAGAGGCUGAAAGGUUGCUUUUAUGCUUAUUAUGCAUACAUGUAUUCAUGAUCGAUGAUUUUUAUCAUUGCAUAAUUAUAUAUAUAAUUUCUCCUUGAGGGAGUGUUCAUUUUUUGUAUACAUAAUUUCUCCUUGACCACCAUUUUCGUGUGAGGUGUUCCUUUGAGAGUUUGAUCGGUGAGAUAUUAGCAAACUAUACAUGUGCUUGUUCUAUAGUUGGGGU